AUGCAGACCACCAGCAACGCAACGCUCUUCCAAACGUCGUACUCAGAAGCUCUCGGCGCGUACCGAGCGCGCAAAGCGGUGCAUACCUCAGGCCUGGUCUCACCCUCGACCACCUCUGGUGACUCCUGGACCAAGCUGGACGCAAAAGCACGCUACGGAUACCCGAUCCACCUGCAUCCGAACUUUCAAGAUGCAGUGAUCAGCAACCCGGACGACCUCGCUGUCGAAGGGUCGGGUGCGGACGGCGGAAGAUACCGCGUGCUGUCGAUGCAGGUAGAUGCGCAAGGCUGGAUAUGGACGAGCGAGGCUGGAGGCGUCGUCCGACAGAUCGACGCCGAGAGUGGCGUGACAGUGGCAGUGUACAAGGGCGCAAAGGCGCCAGUCCCGAGCUUCGACUUUGUCGAAACGCAAGGUGGAGAGAGGUUGCUGGUGACAGGAUCGUGGGACAAGGCGAUCCGAGUGUAUCGCACUGCUUCAGCACGCUUGGGCACCGGCACCGACAAGGAUACUCCUGCUGGCUCGACUGCUGCUUCCGUCAACGUCCGAUCCCCCGCCCCACUGCUGACACUCGCCAACGCCAUGUCAGACUUUGUCAAGUGCGUUCACGUCUUCUGCUCGGACUCGAACACCUACAUUGCUACCGCUGGAAGCGACAAGAGCAUCAUGAUCUGGGACGCAUCCGCUCUGUUGGCGCUUACACCUUGCUCGGCUCCACCCUCCACGCUGGCAUGUGUGCACCAGUGCAAAGUGCACCUGCGACCUGUCAACGCGCUCUGCUCGCUCGUUGGCCUCGACGGCAUCACACGGCUCUACUCUGCGGACAGCAUGGGCCGAAUUCUCGAGUCCACGCUCAACGCCUGUACACGGCGGUUGGAGGUUCAACGCGAAGUGCGCGGCUUCUCCACCGCGGUGUACGACCUGAAAGCCGGAUGGAGACGCAUCGAAGUGGAAGCUGCCGAUGUUGGUCUUGGCGAGGAUGCGUUUGUGAGCAAGGUGCAUGAAGACGAGCAGGGUACACGCUUCCAGCUGGUGGCUGAAAUCUGGGGUGCUUCUGGCGACAAGUCGGCUGCAGGCUAUCGUCUAUCUGCGCUCGUGCGUUGCUCUACGACGAAUGCGAUGCCAUCUCGCUCGGGAACAAACGCGGUGCUUGGAACGCAAGCUGCGCUUGAGGUGGCGACGGUCAAGAUCGCACACGAUGACUUUGUGAAAGCGGUGCUACCGUUGGGGCUGCACUGGCGCUCGCAUGCGGUGGCGGACGAGUAUGCGGAUGCAGUAGUGACGGGCGGGAGUGACGAGCAUGUGCGCAUGUUCGUGGAUGCGUCUGCGAGCGAUCAAAGACACGUGCAUGUGGUGGAAGCGCACUGGCACGAGGUGAGCGCGCUCGCGCUGUGGAAGCGCACGCGCGCUACAACGCCCAGACUGCCAUCGGUGCUUCCGCCACCGUCGGCACAAGCCGAAGCUUGGAUCGUAUCAGCCAGCCUCGACGGUUCAGUCCGCAGAUUCGCGCUCCACACCAUCGCUGCACUCGAUCCACCCCAGUUGGCGCGUCCCAUAGACGCCGUGUCCACCGCAUCGCAGACCUGGGACCGCUACUCUGUACCCGCACCCGCACCCGCACCCGCACCCGCCGCAUCAGCUUUGUUUGACACCAGCAACCCGCGCAGCGUGCACAUGACCCCCGACGAGGAGGCCGAGUUGGCAGAAUUGAUGGAUUCCGAUUCAGACUAG